UUUUUUUAAAAAAAAGGAAAAAUCCUAAAGAGAGAGACAGCAAAACCAAAACAACCAUUUUGGGCAGAAGUAUCGGCAAAUUCUUGUAACUUCGUCGCCAAAACCCCCAAACCCUGCGGCAGCGCCAGCAAACCUCGGCCAACAGAGAUUUCAGCUUCUUCCAUUUUCAUCGGAUCCACGAAGAUCUCCACAAAUGUUAAGCUCCAAAACUCUGCUCUCUCGCGCCAUAAAGAGGAAGAAAAGCAAGAAAAUUACUGACAGGAAAAUCAAGAGCAAAGCUGUUUCUCGAGAUCGAAAUUCCGUUUCCAAAAAGUCCCAAAUUCGGGAAUGCAAAGAAGAGGACGGUGAAUUUGGUUUCGGCCUCAAAUCCUCUGCAACAUCUUCCAAUCAUGGGGUCCAACCAUUAGGAAAUCUCUAUCUCGCUUCAGGCACCAUUAACACGAGAAAUACAGGUCUGGGUAAUAUGCAGACUUUGACUGACGAACUUGUUCUUGAUGUUUUAGGGUUCCUCGAUGCUACCCAUUUAGGGGUUUUGGCUAGUGUGAGCAAAUCGUUGUAUGUUUUUGCUAAUCAUGAGCCUCUUUGGAGGAAUCUUGUGUUGGAUAAUAUUAAAGGUGGUUUUCUUUAUAAUAAAACUUGGAAAUCUACUUAUUUAGCUGCUUUUCAUCCUUCAUUUGAUGAUUCUGUUAUUGGCAUAUCGGGUUUGAGAGUGAGGGAUUUCUAUUCUGAUCAUCUUUUUCAGAGUUGGCUUUGUGCUAACCUUGAAAUGAAACCUGAGUGGCUCGAAAGAGAUAACAUUGUUAGAAGAAAAGGGAUUUCAGUUGAAGAAUUUGUAUUGAACUUUGAAGAACCAAAUAAGCCUGUGUUGUUGGAGGGAUGUUUGGAUAAUUGGGUGGCCAGGGAAAAGUGGAAUAGAGAUUAUUUGAUUCAAUUGUGUGGUGAUGUUAGAUUUUCAGUUGGGCCUGUAGAUAUGAAGCUUGAGGAGUUCUUUUUGUACUCUGAUCAGGCAAGAGAGGAGAGACCAUUAUACCUGUUUGACCCCAAAUUUGCAGACAAGGUUCCGAGAUUGGGAUCGGAAUAUGAUGUUCCAGAGUACUUCAAAGAAGAUUUAUUUGGUGUUUUGGGGAAGGAAAGGCCAGAUCAUCGAUGGAUUAUAAUUGGACCGUCAGGAUCUGGCUCGUCGUUCCACAUAGAUCCUAAUUCAACCUCAGCUUGGAAUGCGGUGAUUAAGGGGUCCAAGAAGUGGGUUUUGUUUCCACCUGAUGUAGUUCCGCCUGGAGUACACCCCAGCCCAGACGGUGCUGAAGUCGCUUGCCCUGUUUCGAUUAUUGAAUGGUUCAUGAACUUUUAUGCUGCAACCAAGACUUGGAAAAAGAAGCCUAUAGAGUGCAUCUGCAAGGCUGGGGAAGUGAUCUUUGUGCCAAAUGGAUGGUGGCAUUUGGUGAUAAACUUGGAGGAGUCCAUUGCCAUCACACAGAAUUAUGUCAGCAGAAGAAAUCUAUUGAAUGUCUUGGAUUUCCUUAAAAGACCAAAUGCAAGCAUGUUGGUUUCUGGAACAAAAGAUCGUGUGAAUCUGUAUGAUAAAUUUAAAAAUGCUAUCGAUGCUUCUUUCCCCGGAACCGUUGAUCAGUUGGCUCGGAAAUCCGAAGAGAAGGCGACCAAACAGAAGAAACUUUCUUUUUGGGACUCUGUGGCAGAUUCCAAUGCUGGCGCUUUCAAGUUCUCUUUCUAGAGAAACAAAAUUCAAGCAGAGAAGCAGCCUGUGGAAGCAAAGCUAUCAGAACCCCCAUUUGCUGGAACGUAAUAGGUUGUUUUCCAUUGUGUUUCACUUUCAAUGAAAAAUUUUGUCUAUGUAGCUGCUGCUUCUCGUAUUUGGAAACAUUCUGCCAUGAGCCUGUUGAACAGUUUUGACUUAUAAUGAAUUUUUUUAGAAUAAAUUGCUAAUUGCAAUUA